AUGCUGAAAAAAUUGCAGGAGGAAUGUCAGCAGAGGUACGUGAGAAAUUGCUGGUAACGUCUUUCUCCUACUGCAUCGUCUUCAAACCUCUCCGCCCCUUCCAGGACACGUCCUUUCAGGUGAGGAUCCUAAAUAAGCCCCAGAUGAGCACAUUUCUCGACUGUCUUAUGAAAUGCGCCCAUAAAAAACUGCAGUUUCUAGACAAUAGUUCUUUAUAACAGAAGAAUACAUCCAUAGGCAUGGAAAAGAUGGAAGACCGGGAACUUUAAGCAGGUGAGAGGUAUGUAUCAUCGUUCUCAGUAAAGAAAGUUCGCUCUGUCAGCACUGGUCAAGUAUCGCUUGCAUGAAAGAGAUCUGCUCUCACUAUAUCUCCGCCAGGAGGGAAAGUCACGUUAUUAGGCGGCCAUCCGUCUUGAACUAAACUUUUCUAUUUUAGGACUCGACCCUCUAAAAUGUCUUUAAGAAGUUUGAGCUCAAGCUAUCAUGCGUUCGAUCAGUCUGAGAAUAGGCCUGAAGGAAACCGGGACUACCUCCUGUCAGGCAGUUUGCGGAUUAGGAGCCACAAAUCAAAUGGAGGUCGCAAGAGGCAUACAGUUUCCCUAAUCCAUUCGAGGUGUCGGUUUUGGCUUGCUUUAACUUUAUCUUAACGCCAUGAUGACCUAUCUUGUCCCACCCCUUUCCCCGAGUGUCUUUUUUUCUGAUCUUCGAUUUUACCUUAACAUGUGCUUUAGAAAAUAAUGAGCCACUGAGUUUGGUGCCGAAAUUAGAGUACAGUUAUUGACCUAACUCAUGAAAUGUGUCGAAAUUUACGAAUGAUUGCCAAUCACUCGCAAAUCGACACUAUUUCAUGAGUCCGAUUUCUAUGUUAAUUAACUACAAGUUUAAAAGAAUUAAAAAAAUAAAAGAAUUGUUAAAGGCAGUGCUGCAUUGUUUAGAAAGGCCGAUUUAUUUUGAAAAGCGCAAUAUCCCGAAAACGUCAGAAAUGGCUCUAAUUAAGUAAAGUUCGUUUGUAGAUGGCCGGAUAGAUCUUCGCGUCCGCAUCAUCGAGACGAGGCUCCGUCUGGACCACCGUAAGCGGCCACGUGACAAAUGAACCCAGAGGUCCAAGGCUAAUUCUGGUCGUUCUUCCAAUACACCAAAGUCGUGGCCCAUAGUGUAGUUUGGCAGCCGUCUGGGAUAGCCGAGCAGCCCUAUUUAGGGAGGCACUGCUUGUCCACAAGACGGGGGGCUAGAAAAUGUGCCCUACAAAUUGCUGGUAGCCACGCUGUCUGUAGGCUGACUGUGGCCGCAGACAAAACACACACGGUCAAAACAGCCAAAACCGAAACAACAACAACAACAACAACAACAACAACAAUCACUCUCUUCCUCUUCCAGCCUAUUCUUCUUCUUCUCCUCCUCCUAGUUUUCGCCGCUGCAAUCGCCAGACUGGCAGGGUGAGUCCGCUCACUCUGGCAGCCUGGAAUGUUCGUUCCCUUUUAGACAAUCCGAGGAACAACCGACCGGAACGGAGGACAGCGCUAGUUGCCCGGGAACUGGCGCGCUACCAGAUGGACAUCGCCGCACUCAGCGAGACUCGAUUCUCCAAACAACUGGAGGAGGUGGGUGCCGGCUACACCUUCUUCUGGAGUGGUCGACCCAGGGCAGAGCGACGAGACGCGGGUGUCGCCUUCGCCAUCCGGACCGACAUCGUGGGACGACUGCCCUGUUUGCCGCAGGGCAUCAACGAUCGCCUGAUGAGCCUCCGCCUGCCUCUCUGGGGAGGCAAAUUCGCCACCAUCAUCAGGGUCUACGCUCCGCCAAUGACCAGCCCUGACGCCACAAGGGACAAAUUCUACGAUGACCUGCACGCCCUCUUGGAGACUGUGUCGAAGGCGGAUAAGUUGACUGUGCUUGGUGACUUCAACGUCCGCGUUGGUACAGGCCAUACUGCCUGGAGGGGAGUGCCAGGUCCUCGUAGUCUCAACAGCUUCAACGACAAUAGCCGGCUCCUUCUCUGCAUCUGCGCAGAACACCGACUCAUCUUGACGAACACCUUCUGCAUGCCGAUGCGAAAGAAGGCCACCUGGAGGCAUCCUCGGUCGCGUCAGUGGUACCAGCUGGACCAUGUCCUCGUCCAGAGGCGAGACCGGCGGGAUAUGCUGGCGACAAAGGCGAUUCCGGGUGCUGACGGCUGGACUGACCAUCGCCUCGUCAUCUCGAAGAUGCGUAUUCGCCUACAGCCUCGCAGGAGACGUCAAAGUAUAAGACCCCGAGGUAAGUUGAAUAUUGCCUUGUUGUCUUUGCCUGAUCACCAUGUCCAUUUCAGCAACGAGCUAGCUCAACGGCUAUAAAGCCCUCCAGCCGCUGUCGCCGCUUGCGCAGCCGCUGACAAUAGCACCUCCGUGGAGAACCGAUGGUGUCAGCAGCGGGACGUAGUCCAGUCGAUGGCGCUGGCCAUACUCGGUCGCACAUGCCGUCAACACCAGGACUGGUUCAACGACAACGACACCGCCAUCAGCAACCUACUCGCCGGGGGGAACCGCCUGCACAAAGCAUACGUCGACCGCCUCACCGACGACAACAGAACUGCUUUCUACCGUUGUCGUCGCCUCCUACAACAGCGACUGCGCGAGAUGCAGGACGCCUGGACUGCUCGCAAAGCUGAGGAGAUCCAAGGCUACGCGGACCGGAACGAAUGA